AUGUUGUCGUCUGCCUGCUCAUUUUACUUGGCUCUCGUUGCGACGGUGUCGUGCUGGGGCCAGGGAUCCGAUGCUGGGAGGAUAGGGCUGAGGGGAGGCAGUCGUCUGAUCCUGCCAAGGAUAACAUCUCGCCUGCGAGGCGGGGCACAAGAAAUCACAAUCCCGAAGGACUAUGCUUAUCUCUCACAGAUGGAAGACGAGUGCAUCGAGUUUCAUAUCGAGGACGGAAACCAUACAGUGGGGCCAGAGGCAUAUGAUGAGCUCAUGGCAACUUUCAACCUCAGCUCAACGGUGAGAGUGUACGGGACAAGAGAAGCAAUGAUGUGGGGGACGUUGGACCUCAAUGGUGCUGGAGGGACAUUCGAGGGCAUGAAACUGGUAGAUCUUGCCGUCCCAGGGGAAGGGGUCGAACUGCAAUCCCUCGGGGACAACUGCAUUUGUGUAGAGGAAGGUGAAUGGCGCUUCACAGAUUGCGAGAUCCAAUGCAGCGGGACAGCAAUGCGCGUCGCAAAUGAAGCAACAGCAACAUGGUUGGCAGUCAGCCAGAUGAUGGAAAGAUGCUUCACGGGAGGAUCAGACCUGUCGAAGCCACCUCCUAUCAACUUGACGGAGCUCGGUCUGGAGAUAAGCGCAAUGCAGUUCUUGCUCGAGCAAGGGCACAGGAACAAGACAACGGGCUAUCCCAUCACUGAGCACACAUCGAUGCCACGAUACGCUGUCACAGCAUGGGACAGGGCAAAAGUCAACAUUUUAUCUUGCACAAUUCAGAACAUGUCAUAUAAUGGAAUAUGCUGCCUGGAGAACUCCACCUUUUGGAUUGAGAAUUGCUCGAUCACGGGAUCCGGAAUGUCUGGUGUCUUCAUGGAGUCUGCUUGCAAUGUCACCCUGAUCGGAUGUUACCUUGCGGACAACUACGCAUGUUUGACGGUUUGGGGAGGCCUCAGUGAAGAGAGGUAUGCUCUAACGGGCCCGUAUUCGUCUGACUCCGAUCUGGAGCUCGUGGUUGAACCCGAGUGCACCUUGACGGCUUUCAACAACCGACUCUCGGGAAUGAUAUGGGCGGGGAGACAGAGGCCAAAGCACUUUGUGGAAGACAACAACGAAAUAGAAGACGAGAUUAUUCCGUCCGAGGACGAGGGGCCAUUGCAAGGCCUUCCGGAAGUCCCCUUCAUGAACUUUGAAGGAGGGGAGAAUAAGACUCUCUGGACCAUCGAUGAACCGAUCCCAAUGCCGAGAUGGGCCCGGAAGGACAGGCCGGGAGGCGAUGGAGUGUACAUGUGGGAUCCACAAGACCAGAAGACCGAGGACGAGACGAAACAAGUUUUCCGGGACCUGAAGCUCCGGGACGGGGACUACGAGAAGGUGGCGAAGGCUAUCGAAUCUUACAACAUCAAGAACAAGAGGUCCAAGAAGAGUCUAUCGAGCGACCCUCCUCCAGGGGAGUUCGAAGACUGA